AUGGCUAAACAUAGGCGUUUCAGGUAUAGAGAAAAUAAAUCACUUUUGAUCUGCUGUAAACUAGAGCACUUCGUGAAAAAACGCA